CUGAGCCGCCGCCACCGGGCUGGCAUUAGCGCUUUCUCUGAGCUCCGUGUGAAGGAUUACCGUCUCUUUUUGAUCUGUUAACGUUACAUAGACAGUUUGUAUCAAUCAUACUCAUACAUUUCCCUGCAUGGGAGACUCCACAACUUCUAAAAUGAGUAGUUUGAGGGCGUAUAAGGAGCCUUUUGACAGAACCAGCUCUGAACCUGUGGAGGACACAGACACCACCAGCUUUGAAAUUUCCUUGGAGGCCAAUUAUCCAGUGCAGGUGACAGAUCCCCAUGAUGCUGUGACACUCCACCUAAGCUCAAUGCCGUCUGGAUACCCCUCCUCAGACAGAAUAAGACAGCCGGUUGAAGAUGUCGAAUGCCUGUGCCCAACAUCAAUUUCACCAGACUACCCCAAAGAACUGCAGUUACUUAACAGCCCCUGUGAAAAAUGCUGCUGCCCAGCCCCUCCUCCCAAGAUUAGUGACCUCAUGAAUGACAAAGAUCUCCUGGACUUACUGCGGCUCAAACUGGACCCAAACCACUGCACCAUCAAAAACUGGAAGAACUUUGCGAGUCGCUGGGGGAUGAGCUACGAUGAACUGACCCUGCUGGAGCACCGGACGCAGGGCUCCUUGUCCCACAGCCCCACCCAGGAGUUCCUGCUGCGCUACAACCAGAAGACGGUCACUGAGCUCACUGAACUUUGCCGCAUCUACCAGCGCAUUGAUGUGCUGCGACUGCUGCAGAGCUGGAUAGAGAAGGACUGGCCGUCACGCUGGCAACAGACUCUUUAACAAGUUUGACUCACUGUAUAUUUAUCCCGUCUCUUUUUUGUCUUCUGUCAGGGUUGUACUUGUUAGGGAUUUCUCCUUCUUCACAUUUUACCAACAUUUUAUCAUUAGUAACUAGUGUUUAAGAAGUGCUUUUUUUUUACCUUUAUUAGACACAGUGAGGCAGGCAGACAGGAAAUGGACGAAGAGAAAGGGGCAUGACAUGAAACAAAGGUUGUUAAGCCCCCAUGAAGAGUGCUGGGCUUUUAUUAUUUUACAUAGUGGCUGUGUAAUCACAGCAAUACCAUCCGUCACAUUAUGCACACUGGCCCAAAAAUACUUUUUCCUAUAGGGUUACAUUGUGGCUGUAAACCAGUGGAUAAAUUGUUUUCACAACCCCUGCAAAAUGACUCUAUGUCACUAUCAGAGUGUGAUUCAUUCAGUUCAAUAGCAUUUGGAAAGUCUAGAAGACCCGCACAAUUUUAUCCCUGUUCAAGUUAGCAGAGAAUCAGCUCGGAAGUCUCUAGUGUGCUUGCCCCACAAUACAGAAGCAAAAUUUUAUACUGGGAAAUCAAACUUCUUUGUCUUAAUGCAUCACUUAGCAACUUCCAUAAGAAUAAACAGAGCUCAAUCUCCAACAAUGUAUCUAGUACUCCUUUAACACAUCCAUUGGGAUGGAGUCAAACCAAAGAUGAUGUGGAUCUGGCAUGUAAUGUAACCAUUUGGCUACCAAGGCACUCCAGCAAAUGAUCUUAAGAAAAAGAUAAAACAAUGACCAAUAAGUGAAAAGUGAAGCAUCACUGUGUGCUUCAUGAAUCACAGGAUUUAAUUGAUUUCACAUUUGUGGUUUGUUUAGAUAGAUUGUCAAGAAAUUUUUAUUAUUUUAUACUUUGGUUUAUGACCAAAUAACUGAAAAACUGACAUGCCCAUCAUCCUUAGCUGUACUUUGUGUUCAGUGUUAAUAAGCAAAUAUUAACAUGCUAACAUGCUAAAUUAAGAUGGUGAACACUGAACCUGCUAUAUAUUAGUAAUGUUAUUUGCAUUAUAUGCAUUACAUGCAUGUUAGCAUGCUGACAUUGGCGUUAGUAUAGCAUCACUGAGCCAUGACUGUAGGCUCUUAGUCUUGUUAAUGUGCAUCUGACUCCAUAUGUCUGGAUAACAAGCAAAGCACAAAGGCAAUGGCAGAAUAUUUAUUUAUUAAAUAUUUUGUCUUAUUUUUGGAAAUAAUACUAAUAAACAUGUCAGCAGGAUGAGUGUCACAUCUUUUGAGUAAUAAUCACAUUGGCUGUGUCUUAAUGACUAUGAGCCAUGUGGGAAAUAUCACAGCAAAUGAUAGUGAGAUUUUAACAACUAAAGUAAUUGUUAAAUAGAAAACCCCUUAAUUUAGUCCAACAGACCUAAAUAUUUUCUACAAAAAAACAAACUAAAACUUUUAAUGCUCACAUUCCUAUUUUUGGUCAAUUAAUUCUCUGUUUUUUUACAUACUGGAUUUCUUUUUUAUUAUACUUCCUUUCUCAGUAUGAAAUAAACACAUCCAUCUCUAUAAAA